UCUCAUGAGUGUUUAGUUUCGGUGAACUAUCGUCUUCUGAUAGUAGGAAGGCGUCGAGCACCUCUUCUCUUAUCAUAAUCAACAAUGGCGCAAAACGCCGUUGGCAGGCUCUUCCGCAGCGGAAAUACCAGUACUCUGCGUCAACCCAUUGUUACUUUCACACAAUCGCGCAGCUACUCAAAGCAUGCAAUCCCAACCUUCUCCCAAACCUCCUCUCCAGAGCUAGACCAAGCGCUGAACCAUUUCCGCGAAGAGCUGUUCAUACCAUUCGGUCUGAAUGUCCAGCAAAGAAAACUUAUGUUUAGACAGAGAUACUCCCGACGACUGAAGGAAGACCCAGUGAGGGUUAGCAUUGGCGAGAAUGACGAGCAGUUCACACUCCGACCCAUGAACCUGCUUGAGCGACCGAAAACGAAGGAGAUCGCGAACAUCGUCUCAUUGAUGAAAACAAAGAGCGACUGGAACAACAUCAUUCCCUUCCUUUCCGGACUACGGAUGUCGCACCGCUCCCUGAGCUCCGGUCGGUGGCAGUGGCUGAUUCGGAAAGCCGGAGAGGCUGAUGCAUUGGGCAUAAUUCUUGAAUGCGCGAAGCAGUCGGAGCGAACGGGCCUCCGGCUCAAUACUACUGAGCUUGUUCAGCCUCUCUUUUUCCAAAUUCAUCGGAUGGCGCAGGUGGCUGAGUUCAAGGAUCCCGCCGUUUCCAAGGCGCUCGGGCUUGCGAAGCAGUUUGUUGAACUGAUGGAGACGCCAGAGCAUAUUGAGCAUGAUAUGUCAUGGGAUCCGAAGCGGAAGCCUUUUGUUAUCGGUGUAUUUCUGGAGCUAAAUGCCGCGCGUGCGCUCAACGAGUCUGGGGGAAAUGAUGAAACCGGAGACGUUCUUGCCUACGCCCGGCGGCUGUCCGCGAGCUGGGACCGUGGAAACUUCUCUACCUAUUCUAAGGAUUGGUACCAGGCUGAUGAGCUGCUCCGAGAAAACCUCCCUAUUUUCAACGGAUUGAAGCUCGCGUUGGAGGUGAAUGGAAUCGAUCUCCAGAUGUCAGUUAAGUCGUCUUUGGAGUCCAACUUGGAGCAGGUACGGAAACAAAUCGCGGCACUAAUGGAGAUGGCGCCCGAGAAGGUCAAAGAAAAGCCGACGCUGGGUUACCAGCAAGCUCAACUGUUGUUCAAAUAG